CUCCAUUAAACAAUUCAGAAAUAAGUUUGCUUUUCACUAAAUAAAAAUCAAUCUCAUUAAAAUGUGAAUGGGAGAAAAGCUGUUUGCAAAAUGUGAACCGCCAACAGGAGUUCCAUUUCGACUCAGUGCAAGUCUUCGAUUUCAGAGCAAUACGGUCACUGCAAAACGAAUUAUUUUUCUCUCAGUUAGCAGGAGUUAUCAAAACCUAUUACAGCAUGGGUUGGACAACUCGAAGUUGACUUUUACGGAUUUGGAAAGAUUGCCAGUUUCUCCCCCAGCUUUGUAUGUGACGGCUGACGACGCGAGCUCUCCUCCCACUACAGCUGAUGGUGUCUCACUUUUAAGUUUCAGGCUUCAUUACUGAUCCACAUCUCCAAAAGAAAGCUUCACUUCUCCCGGCUCCUUCGCGACAUGUCUCUCAAAUUUCUUUUCGUUAUAUUCGGUGGGAUUGUUCUAACUUUGGUGGAUAAUGCAAGAACAUUACCAAGAGUUAAAAGACAAAGCUUAAAAGUGCGGAUUACUGCUAAGGAUGACAGUAUUAUAAUAAAGUACCUUAGCUCCAACCCAGCUACUUUCAGACUUCAAGGCUACAUUCUUGGAUACGGUGGUCGACAAUCCAAGCAGAACAUCACAUUGCCUGACAAUGGAGAUCCAUUUGAGGUUGAUGUUGAGUUCAAUCCCAGAUAUCUCAUAGCAGUUCAUCCUGUGGCUGAGCAGAGCAAAACAGCCUUGAAGAAGUGCAAAGGUAACCUGAAUCAUCAAAAGCCUCCACAGAUAACAAUAUCUACUCGAACUGCAACAUCUGUGUUUCUCACGUGGACAAAUGGUAUCAAAGGAAAUGUUUAUAAACAUGGUGGCCAUGAUUGUGGAGAUGAGAGGCACUACACAGUUCGAUACAGAGAAAAAGAAAGAGACAAGAAAUGGCUAUAUCAGUGCUGUCCAACAAGUGCAACAACAAUAGACAACCUUAAACCAAAUACUGUUUAUGAAUUUGGGGUACGAGUUAGCAAAGCAAAAGAAGAGGGUACUUGGAGUGAACCCACCAACUACAUUACUGCUGUGACUUCUUCACCACCGAGCACCGGAAAUGGCCAAACUCAAAAGAUAUCCAAGAAACUUGCCAUUAACUUCGGCAAUGAAAAUGGCAAGAACGCAAGGAUAGCUGAGCUACCAGGAGAGACUAAUAUUAUAGGGAUAAAAGACAAAAAGGGCCCAGUUGCAUCCUAUCCAGCACAAAAUGGAACAAAUUGGAUAAGAUUCCCCAAAAAGCCGACUGUUAAUACACAUGUGGUCUUAGGUGGCCCAUCAGCUUCUGACAGUGCCCGUGACCAUUCUACCAGCAGCUCAUCACCAAAACCUCACAUUCCUCAUCAACCAGAACGCGCUCCUGAUCACUUGCAUGGCAAAGAAGGAAGAAAUAAAUUAAAAAGUAAAGAGACUUCAAACACUGUUACUAAACCAUCAUUGAAAAGUGGCAAGAUGAGGAACACAAAAGAAAAAUCAAAAGUGAAACCAUUAACAACAAAAGAAUCCAAGUUGCCAUCAUCAGUCAGUCCAUCCUUCCCAUCAAAACCUGUGCCUAAAUCUGAUCCAGCAGAAAUUCAGAUACCAAUUUUCCUCACUCCAAGCCCCCCUUCUCACCUUGAUACCACGGAUAAGCAGCAACCCACAGAACCUGUGACAACACCACCUUCUACCACUUUGCCAUUCACUAUAUUAAGUACAACUUCUGGUCAUACUGCUGUGGACAAGCAGCAUCUCCCAGGCACAACAUCUGCUUUAGAUCCCAUGGAAACCCAGAAGUUCUCAGAACCUGAGAUACCAUCUUCCAGCCGUGGAUCUUUCCAUCCAACAUCAGAUCCUGAUGCCAUGAAUAAUCAGGAAUUCAAAGAACCUGAGUUUCCUUCUGCUACUAGUUCAUUUUCGUCCACUUCAAAUUUGGCUUCCAAACUUGAUGUCACAGACGCGGAACAGUUCACAGAAUAUGAGGAGCCAUUCACCAAAGACUCAUUUUCACUCACUGCUUCUGAACCUGAUAAGAUGGAUAACCAACAAUUCCCAGAGUAUGGGAUAUUAACCUCCAUCAUCUCAAAUAUUAUCACUUUACGUACGACCUCUGAAUCUGAUGCCAUGGCCAACCAAGAAUUCACAGAACCUGAGAUUCACCCCACUGUCGAUUCAUCAGCUACCACAUCAAAAAAAAGUGAUGAAUUUGAUUCUACACAAAGGAAGCAGAUUUCAGUUCCAGAAUCUGAGGCACCAUUCUCCAGCACCACACCUGUCAACAAUUUAAAAACAUCUAAACAUGAUGCCAUGGACACACAACAAUCCAAAGCAGAUCAUGAAGUGCCAAACUCUGACAUUUCUAAAGUGUUCAGUUUCCUCCCAGACUAUGAACUGCCAGUCACUGCCUCUUCACAUGUGAUCAAUCCAAUUCCAGAUUCUGAAGCUGCUAAGAUAGGACAGAAAGAAGUUACAGACCCUGUGGUGCCAACCUUUGACACCCCUAAUGCGUUCAGUUCAAACUCAGACUAUGGGUUGCUAUUAACUGAUUCUCCACAUGCAUUCAAUUCCUCCCCUGAUUCUGAUCCUGCUAAACGAAAAGAGAAAGAAAUCACAGACCAUAAUGUGCCAACUCCUGCCACUCCUAAUGUCUUCAGUUUAACCUCAGAAUAUAAACUACUGACCACUGACACCCCUAAUGUAUUCAAAUCAAUCCCAGAAUCUGAACCUGCAGAGAUAGCGGAGAAAGAAAUGAAAGCAGACCAUGAGGUGCCCACUUCUGACACUCGUAAUGUAUUCACUUUAAUCUCAGAUCAUGAGCUGCCGAUCACUGGCUCUCCAUAUAUGUUCAAUUCAGUCUCAGAAUCUGACCCUGCUAAGAUAGGAGAGGAUGAAUUUACAGAAGGCCACAAGAUGCCAACCCCUGACACUGGCAAUGUAUUCAGUCCAGUCUCGCACAAUGAGUUGCCGGUCACUGACUCUCCAUAUCUCAUCAGUCCAAUCCCAGAACCUGAACCUACUAUGAUAGGGAAGGAUGAAUUUACAGCAGACCAUGAGGUGCCAACCUCUGACACUCGUAAUGUGUUCAGUUCAAUCUCAGAGUUUGAGCUACCUGUCAUUGAUUCUCCAUAUAUCAUCAGUUCAAUCCCAGAACCUGAGCCAACUGAGAUAGGGAAAGAUGAACUUAAAGACCAUGUGCCAGCUCCUGACACCUCUAGUGUCUUCAGUUUAAUCUCAGAAUCUAAACCACUGGCCACUGACAUCCCUAGUGUAUUCAAAACAACCCUAGAUUCUGAACCUGCAAGAACAGCAUGGAAAAAAGUAACAGCAGACCAUGAGGUGCCAACCUCUGACACUCGUUCUGGGUUCAGUUCAGUCUCAACCUAUGAGCUACCAGUCACUGACUAUCCCUAUGUGCUCCAUCCAGUCCCAGGAUCUGAACCUGCAAAGAUAGGAAAGGAUCAAUUUACAGACCAUCAUGUGCCAACUCGAGAUGCUCCUAGUGUCUUCAGUUUAAUCACAAAAUAUUACCUAAAGGUCACUGACACCCCGAAGGUAUUCAAACCAAUCCCAGAGUCUGAAACUACAGAGAUAGCAGAGAAAGAAGUAACAGCAGCCCAUGAGGUGCAAACCUCUGACAUUCGCAAUGUGGUUAGUUCAAUCUCAGACAAUGAGCUGCUGGUCACUGAUUCUCCCUAUGCGUUCCAUUCAGUUCCAGGAUCUGAUCCUGCAAAGAUAAGGAAGAAUGAAUUUACAGCAGACCAUGAGAUGUCCACCUCUAACACUCACAAUGUGCUCAGUUCAAAAUCAGACUAUGAGCUGCCAGUCACUGAGUUACCCCAUAUGCUCCAUCCAGUGGCAGGAUCUGACCCUGUUAAAAUAGGGAAGAAAGAAUUUACAGACCAUCAUGUGCCAACUCGUGAUGCUCCUAGUGUCUUCAGUUUAAUCUCAAAAUAUUACCUAAAGGUCACUGACACCCCGAAGGUAUUCAAACCAAUCCCAGAGUCUGAAACUACAGAGAUAGCAGAGAAAGAAGUAACAGCAGCCCAUGAGGUGCAAACCUCUGACAUUCGCAAUGUGGUUAGUUCAAUCUCAGACAAUGAGCUGCUGGUCACUGAUUCUCCCUAUGCGUUCCAAUCAGUUCCAGGAUCUGACCAUGCAAAGAUAAGGAAGAAUGAAUUUGCAGACCAUGAGAUGUCCACCUCUAACACUCACAAUGUGCUCAGUUCAAAAUCAGACUAUGAGCUGCCAGUCACUGAGUUACCCCAUAUGCUCCAUCCAGUGGUAGGAUCUGACCCUGCUAAAAUAGGGAAGAAAGAAUUUACAGACCAUCAUGUGCCAACUCGUGAUGCUCCUAGUGUCUUCAGUUCAAUCACAAAAUAUUACCUAAAGGUCACUGACACCCCGAAGGUAUUCAAACCAAUCCCGGAGUCUGAAACUACAGAGAUAGCAGAGAAAGAAGUAACAGAUUUUGGGUUCUCAACAUCUGACACUGCAAUUAUGCCAAGUCCAAGCCCUAUAUACGAGACAGGAGAAAAAGAAUUAACAGGCCUUAAGCUGCCAACCUCUGAAAUUUCACAUGAGUUCAUUCCAACUUCUGUAUCUGAACUUGACCUUGACAAGAAAUUCCCAGACAAUAAGCUGACACAUCCUGAUUCUUCUCACGUAUUCAUUCCAACCCUUGGUAACAUUGAAGACACAGAAUUUACAGUGCGUAAGUUGCCAAAAUCUGAUACUCCCCGCAAGUUUAGCUCCACUCCAGUAUCUGAGCUCGAUAAUAAAGAAGAUGAGGAGUUCACAGAGCAUAAACUUCCAACCUCUGGCACUCCAGAUGUGCUCAUUCAAAGUCAAGAGUCCGCACUUGAUAAGGUAGAGGACAAGGAUUUCACAGAAUAUUUGUUUCCAACUUCUGACACUCCACAUGUGCGCAGUUCAACCUCUGUUCAACCUCCAUUUGAUAGCAAUGGAAAAAUGCUCACAGAAUCUGAUCCUCCAUCAGACAGAUCCCCAAUCAUCACCUCCAAACGUGUGCAAAAGCCUGAUAUGAAACAGAAGUUUCCAGAACUUGAGACACAAUCACCAGGUGGUCACUUAUCUUCCACUGUUCCUGGCAAUACUCAGGAAAGUUCGCCUGUCUUCAGAUCAACCCCAGUAUCUAAUAUUGAUGGCCAGGGGCAAGAAAGAUUUAGAGGUACUUACGUGAAAUAUUUGACAAAGCAAGACAGGCCCUGCUCCAUUACUGAAUCACUGAAGCAUUUUCCUCAUGAAAACAUAACAAAUAAUAAAGCCACAGCUCCUCCUCGAUACCCUCCUUCCAACCUGACACUUGUGACUGUUGAAGGCUGCCCAACCUUUCUCAUAGUAGACUGGGAGAGUAAUGAAAAUGACACCGCUAGUGAGUAUGAAGUAGUUUCAACAAUGCAAAGCAUGGACAACAAAACUGAAGAACUUAUUACUGUCACUAAUCAAACACACACUGCAGUGGAAAACCUUAAACCAAAUACAAGCUACACAUUCUCAGUGACAGCCACAAAUAUACAUGGCAAAGGUCCAUCCAGUGUGCAACGUUCUUUCGUUACAGAAUCCGCGGACCCCAGCGUAAGUGAAUAUGUACCAGGGAAAGAUGCCAUCUGGACUCAAUAUUCCUUCAAAUUUGAUUCGUAUUCAGAGUGUCAAGGCAAGCAAUUUGUCAAACGUACCCGGUACCGGAAGUUUGUUGGUAUCAUUCUGUGUAAUUCACUGAGAUACAAGAUUUACCUCAGUAAUUCCCUAUCAGGAAUUUUCUACAACAUAGGAGAUUUAUCUGGGCAUGGGGAGGAUCACUGUCAGUUUGUGGACUCAUUCCUGGACGGCAGAACAGGGGAACAUCUCCUUCCGGAACAAUUGCCAAUCAGACAAGGUUUUUACCGAAGUGUUCGCCAGGAGCCGGUUAUGUUUGGUACAAUAGGUGGACGAACACACAUCAAUUACGUCCAUUGGUACGAGUGCGGUAUAGCCAUUCCUGGGCAAUGGUGAAUCUUAACAACUGCCUUAUGAAAAAAACAAAGCAGCAGCAGCAAAAACCAAAGGAACUGAAUCACUUUGUGUUCCAUCAAUAUUGUUCCUUAUAUUCAGUGUAAGAUUUAAAUAGACAUGUAAUGUACAGGAUGUUUCUCUUUUCUUUAAAGAAGCCAUACAGAAAUCUUCUUAUAAUGGGAUACAGGGUGAAAUGUAUCCAUUCCAAGGCACAUAAUUAUUCCACAAUCUAAAAAGAUUUAGAACAAUGCGAUCACCAAACAGGGCAGUAAAAAAAUAACAUUAAUAGAGAAUAUCUAGCAAUUUUCUGACAAACUUGCACUUAUUUUUGUCAUUGGACAUUGUUUUAAGUAGGUGCUGCUUUCAGAAGUUGCAUUAGUGACCAUUUAAAAAUUUAUGUGAACAUCUAAAUAUAUAAAGAUAAGUUGGUGCUCACUACUCAAGUGUGGUGUAAAUAAAUGGUAGCAUUGCCUAGUUUGUAACCGUUAACAAGUCUAUCUUUGGCUAAUACCUUGGUUUAAAACGUCCUAUAAAAUGUGUUUUAUUUAUCAAAAACGUACAUCCAAAUUUUUUUUUUAAAAAACACAAGUUUGACAUUGGGAAGCUGGCUCCCUAUGCCCUCAGUUCUGAAUAUAAUAGUUUAAAUGUUAUUUAUCAGGAAUGUAUUUAAAAACACAGAACAUAAAUUGUAACUUCUAUUCACAAAGUAUAGAAGGAUUUUUUUUUAUUUAGAUUUGCUGAACAAUUAGCUUCAGCAACAGAAUGGAGCAAUUUCUCUUGCUGGGUAUCCUUAAGCAGCCUGUGAUAUUACAAAUUGUACCCAAAAUGAAAUUGUGACAUGUAACUACGUAUAUGCCUUGUUUUUUGUCCAAAAGUGUACUGAAGGUAUCAGUGGACAAAAAAAACCCCUCUUGAUUCUGCUUAAGUUGAUCAUACAUUACUUUAUUCAGUACUGAACUAAGCUAAAUAUUUACAGCCAAGAUAUUGUAACAUUCAAAAUGUUUAAAAUGUCAAAUUCUUUUUGGUUAGUGCAUGUAAAUAUCCAUAUGAUGGUGAGCAUACAAGACCAUACGUCCACAAAUAUUCCUACAAAUAACUUUACAAACAAGUACCAGCAACAGCAUCUAUAAUAUAUUCAACAAAAACAUUCAUACGCACCCACUUAAGGAUGCUUGCAUUUGUUGCAGUUACAAUUUUUUCAGUAUUUGAUGUUCUUUUGCCCUUCAUCGUACCACAAAUGAAUUUAAAUCACCUAACAUUUGCAAUUUCCCCAAAAUGGCAUUGCUAAUGUGAGUACAGUUCUAGAUACAUGGCUACAAUUAAUAUUUUUAGAUGGUUAAUAGAGUUGGUGGAGCGGUUUUCAUAAAUUUUACAAUGCCAACUCAUCUGCACAUGCUCAUAUAGAGGGUACCAAAUAUCUGUGCAUGUACAGAGAAGACACUAAUUUUUAUACACCAAAUUGGAGGCAAUAAUCACCAAUGUCAGCACAAGCAUAAAAUCUAACCCAUCAGAUCUCUGUACACCUGAUUUCAAAUGGUCACCAAUACUUCCCUACCUCCUUAUCCUAUAUCCAUGCACAUAACAAGAUUUAUAUCUAAUACCUCAUCGAACAAGUUACUAAACAUACAAUAGAAAUGGCAGCACACACCAAUGCUCACAUGUCCCAACAGAAAAGCAAAGCUGAUAUCUGCUCACAAUGUAGUGAGACAAAUGAGCACCUCCAGUGCCAGUAUCGAGAACCUAGACUAGAAUAUCCAAACACGUUAGUGCAGAAACACUCAGCUAUCAAACAUUUAUUCAGGUCCAAACAGAAAUCUCGUCAUAGCAACUUAGCAGGCAAUCAUUCAGACAUGGGCAUACUCAAACUUGCAAGUUGCAAUGUCCUCAGAUGAGAUCUCUAGCACCAUCCUUAGGCAGUUACCAACUCUCUGCUCACACUGUUGAGCACAACAGCUAGACUGAAACAUGCAUUAAAACCUCCAGGCACACGAGAGGUUCAAAUGCUUGCAGACAUUUAGCUUUGUUGGUGUAGCAACUUAUUCAGUAUUUGUGGAGGUUAUUGCCUAAUAUUCUUACCUCAACUGGAUAUUAUAGAAUAGUAAUGCAUACUAAUAUAUACUUUUUCUCCCUUGUGACAUUGCUAGUAACAGGAGUUUAGUUCUGAAAAGAUGGCUGCAAUUAGUAUUUAGAUUGUCAGCAGCUUUAUUUGAGCAGAGUUUUUGAUAAAUUUUGCAAGGCUGCCCAUAGCGGUCAUUUAUGCUGUCAUAAUCUUGAGAAUAAAGACAUAAUUAAAUAAAAUUUAUGCCAACCUUU